AUGUUCUGCAAUGGCGAAACGGAUAAUCCUACUGGGAACUCUUUGAUUGAGAUGAUGAGGAAGGAUCUGAAGGCUUACAUGGCGGACGAUAACACUGAUAAAGAGGCAGCAUUGAAAGCAUUGAAGGAAAGUGCUGUGGCGGCAGAGGUUGAAGGAAGGUACAAGAUACUGGAGGAACAUGCAGACUUGCUGCGGAGCAUUGCAGUCAAUGGGCAGGGAUGUGCCAAGCAGUGGCAUGUUUCAAUGGUAAUCCUACCAUUCUAA